UUCACCAACCCCUCCACCUUCAUCCUGCUGGGCAUUCCUGGCCUGGAGAGGGUCCAUGUCUGGAUCUCCAUCCCCUUCUGCACCAUGUACGCCAUAGCCAUCUUGGGGAACUUCACCAUCCUAUUCAUCGUGAACAUGGAGCCAAUCCUCCAUAGGCCCAUGUACUAUUUCCUCUGCAUGCUGGCUGUCACUGACCUGGUCCUGUCCACGGCCGCUGUGCCCAAAAUGCUGAGUAACUUCUGGUUCAUUUCCAGGGAGAUCGAUUUCAGUGCCUGCCUCACCCAGAUGUACUUUACUCUCAGCUUGUCAGUGACUCAGUCUGGGAUCUUCAUGGCCAUGGCUUUGGGUCGCUAUGUGGCCAUCUGUGAUCCCCUGAGACAUUCCACCACCCUGACAAACCCCGUGGUGGCCAAGAUUGGCCUGGCCGUGGUGCUGCGCAGCGCCAUGGUCAUACUGCCCUUUCCCUUGCUGGCGAGGCAGUGGCCAUAUUGCAGAACCAACAUCAUUCCCGAGCCGUACUGCGCACACAUAGCCGUGGUGAAGCUGGCCUGCGCCGACACCCACGUCAGUAGUUACUACGGCCUCUUUGUGCUAUUCUGUGUGAUGGGUCUCCUCUCCUCCCUCAUGUACCGGUUUGGGCAGAAUGUGGCCGUACAUUUCCAUGUUCUUAUUGCCAACAUGUGCAUCUUGCUCCCCCCCAUGCUGAACCCCAUCAUCUACGGGAACUGA